GAAGAGUUGCCGUUACUGAAGAUUCUUAAUGCCAGAUAAUCAACCUACUGCCGAAUAACCAUGAAAGAGACGAGGUAGCUGCCCAAGUGUGAGAUAAAAACUGAUUUCAAUGGAUACAAAAUAUAAAGACGAUUUAUUUAGGAAGUAUGUACAGUUCCAUGAAUGCAAAUUGAAUGCCUCUGACAACAAGCAGCGUCCUAUUAAUGAUGAGUAUUUGCGAGUGGCAGCGGCAGCCUUACUUUGCCUUCCCAAAAUUGAUCCCUUUUAUAGAUUCCGGUUGAUAAAAUUUUACGAGAUGGCUGAAAACUCACUGAGAUCUGUGAAAUCCUCAAGUUUACAUUCUCUCCAUAAUGCAUUCAGCGUGCUCGAGACAGUUGGAAUUAAUCUCUUUCUUUACCCCUGGAAAAAGGAGUUCAAAAAUAUUAAGACCUACACUGGACCUUUUGUUUAUUAUGUAAAGUCUGCUCUAACUGAAGAUGAUGUAAGGCAGAUUUUGAACUACAUGGGCUAUGUCCAAGAACUGGGAACAAUGUAUAAGCUCAAAGAGCAGGUUGAUGCCAUUCAAGUGAAAAUGGUUUCAUUUGAACUCUUUUUGGCCAAAGUGGAAUGUGAGCAGCUUCUUGAAAUUCACUUGCAAGUGAAGGAUAAAGGUUAUUCAGAGAUUGAUGUCAUAAAUGAACGAAAAAAUAGCAAUGAAGAUGUUAGAGGCUGCUCAGAAGCCAUGAAACGGCGUGCAGAAUGCAAAGAAAACUUAAAUACUUCUAUGGCACGAAUGGUACUCCAGAAAUCAGCGAGUGAACGGGCCUCUAAAGAUUAUUUCAAGCCAAAGGUGAGCAAGCCUUCUAAAUCAGUGGACACAUAUGAUAAUUAUUGGGAAAGUAAGAAACCACCUUUGAUGAGCUCACUGAGUCUCAGGAAAGAACCAAUUUUAGUUGAUGCGGAAGAUGACAUUAAAGAUGAAAUUAUCCGUCCGUCACCCUCUCUUCUGACAAUGUCAAGCUCCCCACAUGGGUGUUCAGAUGAAUUCUUGCCAACUUCAUCUCAUCACAAUGGCAUGCUAAGAACAAAUGUCCCUUACAGCUCCUAUUUUUCUGCUCAAGAGGACUUAGAUUUAUAUACUGAUCCCGAUUCUAGAAGUAUGUUACAUUUUAAAAGACAAGAAGCUAUUAAGCCUGAUGUCUGGGUGUUAAAAAGUGAUGCCAACCCUGUUUACCACAAACGCACCCACCUAGCCAAAGAGACAGCUUCCCUCAAGUGCCAAAACUGUGGCGUACCUUGUGGCACUUCUGUUUGCCAAAAGUGUGACAAUCUAUUCAACUCUAGGCAGGAAUAUCCAGCAGUGAAACAGAGCACCUAUUCAAUCAAACCACUUCCAAAUGAUGGCUUGUCUCCUGCAUCUGCUUUAAGGGAGAAAUCUCAGUACACAUCACAGACUCAGAGUCAAGAGAGGGCUGCUCAGUUCAGUUCAAAAUCCAAACCUUCAGGCACCUCACGCUGUGGCUUUUGCAACCGAUCUGGAGCUGCAAACACUUGCACGUUUUGCUCAAAAGUCUCAUGUGACACUUGCCUCAAUGCUUACUAUUACGAUCCCUGCUGUAGGAAAAGCGAGCUUCACAGAUUCAUGCCAAACAAUCAGUUAAACUAUAAAUCGUCCCAGCUGUCCCAUGUAGUUUAUAGAUAGACUUGAUUAGUCUCUUUUGGAGGGGAAGAAAAGGGGGAGGGGAAAGGGCUAUCCUAACUAAUGUACUGACUCCACUGAUAAGAAAAUACACUGACCUCUUAUAAAAAUGACAUGUCCAAAUACUUGGAACCAUGGUUCAGUGAUCAGGUGCCAGUUCUUGAUUUUUGUGGCUUCACAGAUGCUGCAGAUACAUUAGAUUUCAUGCUGCUAUAAUUUAGGUAACUCCUAAAUGAUCAUUACUUUUCAAUUUAAAUGGGGGAGAAGAGCACAUUUUUCUUUAAAACUUGGCAACUGUUGCAUUUUAGAAAAGUGACAUCGCACCUUUCUAUUACAUUGCAGUCAUCUCCUUGCCCAAAUAAAACAAUGCAAGGCUUGAAAAUAAAAUCUAAAAAUUAAGAUUCUCAUUUUCUAUGAGUGAUGAAGCUACUGCCGGUUUUUGAUAAAGUAUGACUUUAAAAUGUGCAAGAAAUAUGUGAAUGGCUUGUUUUGCCAAUAAGGACUAUUUUUUGAAGCGUGUCUGCAUUUCUUGAUCUCCAAAAUGCAAACACCACAGCAUCUCUUCCUUUCGUCUUUAUGUUUCUUCCUUCUCCCCUUACCUCCCGGUUGUUUAUCUCAAGCUUAUAUAAUCUGAAUCUGGACAAUACGUGCUUUAUUUUCUGGUGUUGCCAAUAUCAUCCUACUGGUUUUUACUGUAUAGUAUUUUAAAAAGGUGAACCUGUAUUCAUGUCACUUAAAUUAUGCCUAGAAUGUUGUCCUUCCAGAUGAGUACUAAUUUUCUUUACUUUCUGUUGCACAUGUAUUAAGUACUGUUCUUUGUACUGUAAAUAGGUAAUUUGGAAACAGUUUAUUUUUAAUAAAUAUUUAAUGUGUUGAGUUCUUAAAA